AUGGCAGCGCCCGGCGUGGGGCGGGGCGGUGGGGCCGGGCCGGGCCCUCCCCCGACAUGGCGGCGCGGGCGGGCAGGCGCCGAGCGGCGCCCGCGGGGCGUGAAUAAAGGGCGGCGGGCGGGGCCGCGGCGCUCCGGGAAGCGCGGGGCCGGCGGCGGUGCCGGGUGAGCGGGGCCGGCGGCGGAGGGAGGGAGCUGGGGUGGGCCGAGGGCCGGCGGCCGUCACUGACCGACACCCGGGUCCGCCAUGCCCAGGACGCGGACCGGGAUCCUGAGGAUGGCGCUGGGCGGUGGUGGCGGGGGCGCAGACCCGCUGCUGCCGGCGGAGGAGGACGCCGAGGGCCUGCGGGCGCCGUUCGUGCUGCGGGCCCUGCGCAUCGCUGUGGUGGUGUGUCUGUACUGGUUCACCUCCAUCGCCAUGGUGUUCCUCAACAAGUAUCUGCUGGACAGCCCCUCGCUGCGCCUCGACGCGCCCCUCUUCGUCACCUUCUUCCAGUGCGCCCUCACGGCCGCCCUUUGCCUGGGCCUCAGCCUGGGGGCGGCCUGCGGGCCCCCCUGCUCGGGCCUGCCCACCCUCCGCCUCGACCCCAAGGUGUCCCGCAGCGUGCUGCCCCUCUCUGUCGUCUUCAUCGGCAUGGUCACCUCCAACAACCUCUGCCUCAAGCAUGUCGGUGUGGCUUUCUACAACGUGGGGCGCUCCCUCACCACCGUCUUCAACGUGCUGCUCUCCUACCUGCUCCUCAAGCAGACCACUUCCCUCUAUGCCCUCCUGGCCUGCGGAGUCAUCAUAGGUGGCUUCUGGCUGGGUGUUGACCAGGAAGGAGCAGAGGGUACUCUGUCAUGGACAGGUAUAUUCUUUGGGAUCUUGGCAAGCCUGUGUGUCUCACUCAAUGCCAUCUACACCAAGAAGGUGCUGCCUGUGGUGGAUGGUAGCAUCUGGCGCCUGACCUUCUACAACAAUGUCAACGCUUGCGUCCUGUUCUUCCCCCUCAUGUUGCUAAUGGGAGAGUUUCGCACCCUCUACCACUUUGACAAGCUGGGAAGCCCCAGUUUUUGGGGAAUGAUGAUCCUGGGGGGAGUGUUUGGCUUUGCCAUUGGUUAUGUGACUGGACUUCAGAUUAAGUUCACGAGCCCACUCACCCACAACGUGUCUGGAACAGCCAAGGCCUGUGCCCAAACAGUGCUGGCUGUAAUCUACUUUGAGGAGACAAAGAGCUUCUUGUGGUGGACGAGUAACUUGAUGGUUCUGGGGGGCUCCUUUGCCUACACGUGGGUGAAAGGGCUGGAGAUGAGAAAGGUACAAGAAGAUCCUAAUGUCAAAAGCAGUGAAAGAAAUGAGACUGGUGUGUAGGCAGCUCCUACACCUCCAUUUCUGUGCCCGGAAGGUUACCCUUUGCUGGUUCUUUCCUCCUGGGGAGAAGAAGAGCAAGGAGCAGGAAGAAAAAUCACCUGCCAAGUGUACAGGGAACUGUGUCAGGAACCAGAGCCAAAGACCUGACUGGAUCGAGUUUUAUCCAUGGGAUCUCACCCUGUAUCGGAGUUGGGGAGAGCAUGUGUUGUAGACAGCAAUCUUUUUUGUGAUCGUUUUCUAAAAUGGAUGUUGCUAUUGACCUACUCUGGGCAAUUUGCAUCUCUGGGGGAGGGUGGGCUUGUAACAGACACUCAGAUGGGAGCUUUGUGUACUUGGGAUUUUAGAAUUAAGUGAAUGAAUGCAGUCUGAAGCUAUAAAAUCCUGAACCUCCACCUAAGGAAGAGGCAGGUAGCCAGGCUGUUGUGGGUAGAUUCCAGUAAUCUGUUCUGCUGUAAAAGGAUUGGCAACAAGUCACUCUUCUUGUUGCCCCAUUCAGUGCAAGGGAUGAGAAAUUCCCUCCCUUCUGAUUCUGUACAAGCCCAAGCAGCAGCAGUGCCUCCAAAUCUCCUUUUCAGAGUCACUAUCACAUCCUGCUGAGGUGUCUUCUGUGUUUCUCUCCACCUGGUUUCUCAGUUCAGGAAAUCAUGCUGAGAAUCAGGAAUGGAACUUCUCAUUCUCUGCACCAUGUCCCAUGAAGGGAGAGCAUGCCCUCUCUAGUGGCCUUUCUCAGGGAGGAGCAAGCUUGGACUCUGCCUCUUCCAGUGCCCAGCAGGAAAGGGGAAAGUCACUCUGAAGCACUUGCUUCUGUGGGGUGGGGUUCCCUGUUAAUGGGGCUCACAGCACUUGUCCUUUUUAUUCUCUGUGUAGGGGGUAGGUUUGUGUUUGAAAAUGGGGUUGUUAUUAGGUUUGUUUUGGUGAACUUGUCCAUAUCAGAGUUUCUGCUGGUGUUUGCAGUUUGCAUUCUGGCUUGUUCCUUUUAAACACCCUGCUGUGGCCAGGUCAGUGAAUCCUUCAGCUGUAACAUCUUUUUCUCAGCUGCAUUACUCCCUUUACCUGAAACUUGCUGCUGAACAGGUACCUCUGUAGAAAUCUCUGCCCCACAUCCAGUCCUGUGCAAGUGCCACUUGAGGUUAUACUGUGCUGUGAUUUCUGAUAACGGGUCUGCAUCAGCAUUCUGUACUGUUACACCAACUUUUUAAACCCCUUUAUAUUUAAAGGGUUAUUUGAGUAUUGAUCCUGGGUGGUUGAUGUGACUGCUUUGUACUCUUAUCUGGUGGAUCCUAUGUGACAUGACAUACCUUGCAUGUGAUGUCUGGCCACUCCUACAGAAGAACACUCCGAUUCUACACAGAAUAUGUUCCUGUCUAAUUCUGGUGUCCUCCUGCUCCAGGUUUCAUGACAACAGGUAACAUCUCCUUUUCAUGCAGGCUGCCAUAUGGAGUCAUAGACUCAUAGAGUUAGGGUUGGAAAGGACUUUAAGAUCAUGCAGUUCCAACCCCCUGCCAUGAGCAGGGGUGCCUCACA